AAGAGAUUCUAUGCUUAUAUCCCGAGUGCCGCCCAUCAUCUCAAUAGUAUUUUACUGUCUUCGGAGAAAAUACGAACCUUUAGUACCGUGAUCCACUUUGCACCACAUGACGCCACGCAGGACACUCUCCGUUGUCCACUGCAUUCGCUUGACAUAGCUGUAAAAUCCUUCUGAAAUCACAUCCUGUUAUCUUAGAAAGGAAAGCACAUCAUGCACAAUAUAAUCUCCGAUAUAAAAUUCACGGAAUGGUCAUAACAAGAACAACAUUGUUUAUAGGCUUGCUCAAUCAGAGCUGAGUUGGGGUUAAACAACAACAGCUGUAAGAUCUACGAGUCAGUCGUUUAUUUUGUUUGUUUUAGCUCUUGCUAAUUGAUUUCAUCUUGAAUAAUUUAUCACUGAAUUGGUAUGUUUUAAGAUCAAUGCGUAGAAUAACAGGCCAACACAGCACAAUAUAUUUACUGCAAUUAGUGUAACUACUACCUCACUGCGGUUACUACUACUUCAGCCACUUGCAACAGUACCACCACUACCAUAGUGGCCGCCAUCACAAUAAAUACCAUCACCACAAAUUUAGCUGCAACUACCACUGCAAAUACUAUCACCAAUACAAGCAUCAUCGCUACUAUUGCUGCCUUUAUUAAAGUCAACAUCACUACAGUCACCACUAACACAGCUAUCACCAAGGCCUCAGUAACCAGCUACUAAUAUAAUCACCAGUACUACAGCCUCCUCAACUAUUCCAGAACCCACCACUACAGAAGUAUCAGCGCCACUAUACCAUAUAUUUACCAAAUGCCGGGUAAAAGAAACAAGAUAAUUGCAAAACUGCUGUCAAAUCCCAGUGUAGCAACUAUGCCAGAAGACGAACCAAGGAAUACAUAUUCGGAAAACAAUCACCUUACUAGGGCUGUCAUCUCGAGCACUGUUGUGUCUAACUGCAUGGAGUCUAUUGAUGUGGACCACAAGCAACCAACAGAGUUUUUAAAUGAAGAAACUCUGGUGGACGUUUUUAGACCUGUACUUCAUUUUACGGCGCUCUCCGGUCAAGAAUUUUAUCCAUCAGGUUAUCUCACUAAACGCCAACAAUGUUUAUGUAAAGUUUUUAAGUGUAUCGUUUUACUGUUUUUGGUUUUGAAUAUAAUACGGUUAUAUUUCAUGUUUGACAUAAAUGCGACUCAAGGAAAAUUUAUAGUCUAUUUGAACUUCGUGCUGUUUUAUUCUAUGGAAGUUUUUAAACAUAGUAUGAAGCUCAUCUUUAACAUCGUAUAUGGCAGAAGAUUGUUAGAGAAAUUCACGGCGUAUUUUCCUAUGACAGAACAAAAAUAUUUCAGGAAAUUAAAACGGAAGGCUAAAUUAUCGGUGAAGAUUUCAACUUUCGUAAUAAUAACGAGCAUAACAAUAAUAACCGUAUUGUCUUCGACUACAUUUACGGAAUCUACCGUGGGAUCUUUAUUACAUAUACCAAUGUGCGAGAACAAAGCUUUUGAAAUAAUAAACACCGUAUUUUUAAGCUGGUUUAUCGCUUCUGGAAUACUCAGCGACGAUUUACUACUUAAUUUCUUAGUGAAAAUAAUCUGCUGUGAGCUGCAUACCCUCUCACAAAAACUGAAAGUGCUCGAUGACCAGCAAGAAACAGUGAGAGACGACCAAGAACAAACAGUUAUCAGUAAGUUCAUUCAUCUACAGAAGAAAUACGAAGAAAUAAUGGAGCUACUACAACAAGUCAACACCUACUUCUCCAUUUGUGUAGUCAUGACGUUCUUGUUUGCUAUUCUUGUCACUUGCACGCUGAUCUACAUUAUAUUUCAGACGGAUGUUGACGUUGAUGAAAAACUGGUUGUCACAUCAAUGACAGUAACACAAGCCUUCUUGGCAAUCUCUAUUCUCUGCGGUGGUAUUUCUAUACAAGUUGCUGUUGAAGAACCCGUCGAGUAUUUAUACAGACUGAGUCUCAAUAAAGAGCACAGCCAAGACACAAUGACAAGGAUUUCUCUAUUCUUCGCAAGAGUCUCCAAUCCAAGCUAUCUCACUGCCGCCAAAAUGUUCAAUAUCGACUCUUCAACAAUACUUAUGAUAUCUGGGACACUCUUGUCCUAUGGAGUAAUAGUGUUCCAAACUAGUUCUGUGCAUACAGGAGAUAAAAAUGCAAGUAUGACAGUGUUGACAGGGAAUAUGACCGGGAAUGCUACAUUUGGCUGAGCUUGCUUAUUCAGAUUAAAAUUUCAUUGAUUUCAUAAUCACUUCGUUGUUGCUGUGGUUGUUGUCGUCGUCGCUGUUACUUUCGGUUGUCUAAACAAGCAAACGUUGACAAAAUCUCACUUUCUUUUUUUAAGUUUUAAUCACGUUUCUUCUGUGAUUCAUUAAAGGUUUCUAAGAGCAAUUACAACACUUUUUGAAAGUGAAUGAACUUGGUAUCGUUAUCAAAAGUUUCUGUAUCCAAAGCUAUAAUAAAUAUUCUAUAUUUAA